AUGGAUAUAAUAAAUAUUAAUGAAAUUGUGGACAUUAAUUUAUCAAGCGAAGAUGAAGAAAUACAAAUUCGUGUUCCAAAACGAUAUAUUCGCGAUGGAGAAAAUCCCUUCGAAUUUUAUAAUGAAUGGGAAUUCAAAAAAAGAUUCCGUUUUACAAAGAAUUCAAUUAUGUUUGGUGUUUUACCAUUAAUAGAAGAAGGCCUCUCAAAAGUUAAUAAACGUGGUUUACCAAUAGUACCAGUUUUUCAAUUAUUAAUUUCUUUACGAUUUUAUGCAACAGCAAGUUUUCAGCUUGUCAUGGGAGAUGUAAUUAAAGUAUCUCAACCAACUAUCUCCAGAAUUAUUUUUCGAGUGUCAACUCUGUUAGCCAGUUAUAUUAAUGUAUACAUAAAGAUGCCAGUAUCAGUUGCAAAAAUAAUUGAAAAUAAACGUUUAUUUGAAGAGCUUGGUCAUGUUGGUGGAGCUAUAGGUUUACCUUCCAUUGAUGGAGCAAUUGAUUGCACGCAUAUUCGAUUGAUACAUACUAGAUUUCAAGCCAUUGAUGAAAUAUUUAGAAAUCGAAAAGGAUAUUUUUCGUUAAAUGUUCAAGCUGUUGUUGGGCCACGUACUGAGUUUUUAGAUAUAGUUCCAGAAUGGCCAGGAAGUGAACAUGAUAGUCGUAUAUUUCAGAAUUCACGUAUAUAUAUGCGAUACAGGCAACGUGAAUUAGACGGGAUGCUAGUUGGAGAUAGUGGUUAUCCUUCUUUACCGUUUCUAUUAACACCAUUUAAUAAUCCCGCCAGUGAUAAAGAAGAAAGAUAUAAUAUGAUCCAUGGAAAAACACGAAGAAUCGUCGAAAGAACCUUUGGAAUAUGGAAACGUAGAUUCCCUUGUUUAUCAAGAGGUCUUCAAACAAAAUUAAUCACAUCUACAACAAUUGUUAUAGCAUGCGCUGUUCUUCACAAUCUCUCGCUAAUAUAUAAUGAUAUUAUGGAAGAAGAAGAAGAAGUAGAAAAUAUAAAUCAAAAUGACGAAGUUCCGCCACUUCCACCUCACUGGCAACCAGGGGACGGUUUCCUUGUGCGAAAUGCUGUUAUUGAACGAUUGUUCAGAUGAAAAAUUCGACUCUAACAAGUUUUAUUUUUUUGCGAAAUAAAUUUGUAUUAAUAUAUACACAACAU